AUGGCUGUCGUGCACAGCGAGGACCGACGGAAGCGAGCUGUCGGCAACCUCAGCCACAAUCACACCGGACGGGGAGGAAACACGCGGCGCGUCCGGCACAAACGCCAAUCCAGAGCUCCCAAAAACUUCGCGCAGGGGCCCAACCAUCGCCAGAGCCUCACUGCCACCGAGAUCGGAGGACGGUCCAGAUUGCCGCCCAAGCAAAGCAAGGCCCGCCUGGGCCAUACCUCGGGGUCUCAUCGCCAGUCUCACACCCACCCAGCCCGGACAGCCUUGCCGCCGCCGAGCUUGAACCAUGACCCCACCAAAACCAUUACGCAGCCCAAGACCCGGCCAAUCUCGCAGGAGCAGCUGAUGGCCGAGGUCAAGGGUAUCUACGCCAGCCUGGUGAUGAUUGAGCGCAAAUGCAUCGAAGUGGACAACGAUCUCAGUUCGCACAUUAGCACCUCUGGCGAGCCCAAGAAUUCGCAAGCCAACCCUCCACCCAAGCUCAACAAUGACCAGUGGCAGGCUCUCAUUGCCCUUCACCGUAGCUUGCUCCACGAGUACCACGACUUCUUCCUCGCUUCGCAACAUCCGUUGGCGAGCCCGGCGUUGAGAAGAUUGGCCGCCAACCUAUACCACAUACUUACGUUCAUUUACAUGGCCUACUCCAUGAUGGCCUUGUUCUACGAAACGGCUCCCGCGUUUGAGGACACGUGGAUCGAGUGUCUGGGUGAUCUUGCCCGCUACCGCAUGGCUAUUGAGGACGACGACAUUCGGGACCGCGAAGUGUGGACCGCUGUGAGCCGUCACUGGUAUUUACGCGCCUCCGACAAAGCGCCGACAACGGGACGCCUCUACCACCACUUGGCGAUUCUCGCUCGGCCCAACGCCCAGCAACAGCUCUACUACUACACCAAGUCGCUCUGCGUGAAAAUGCCUUUCCCCUCUGCCCGCGAAAGCAUCAUGACCUUGUUUGAGCCCAUCAUGUCACCCAACCCUAAGCCACAGCAGACCAGCGUCCGGCCCGUAGAGCUGUACUUCACCAGUUUCCUCAAGUUGAUCAACGACCACAUCGGUCGUCCCACUUAUCGAUGGCUCGGACCUGGGUACCACAUUGGCAUUUCCAACAUCUGCGCGCUGAUGGGGUACGGGGACGAGAGCAACCCGAUUGCUCAGGCGAUCAAAGUCACACGUCCCAUCGAUACCGAAUCCCAAGACCAGCCAAUGCCAGAUUCGGAAACGCCGGCCCCUUCGCCCAGCAUCAGCGCCAGCAAGCAGUUCCUCAGCACGCGCAAGUUCUUCAACGCCACCUACGAUGUGGUUUGCCGUCGCUUUGGCGAUCACAACACCCUCCCCUUUCUUCACGUCACCCUCGUCUUCAUCCACCAACUUACGUUCUUCCCGGAGGCUAUGGCCCACGUGGCAUCCCACGUCCCUUGGAAACUGACAGCAUUCAUGCUCAAUGCGUUGAUUGGUUCGUCGUCGCCUCAAAACGUUUCGCAGUCUCUGGCUCGUUUUUUGGAAAGUGGAGAGGCGUUCCCGGGCUGGAAUGAGAAGCAGGGGGAGGAGAAGAAGAACGAUGGCGCGGAGGCCGGGGAGCCGCGGCCGGGGACGCCGAAGCGUCGGCCGCUGCCCGAGGACUUUGCGCUGCGGGGCUUUCCUUUCGGGAAGGAAUACUUCCCCGUCGGGUGGUUUGUGACGGAGGAGACGAUCGACGACGAAGACAAGUAUUUUGAGGUCCCGUCGAUGACCAAGGAAAGGAUGGAGAGGAUAGUGUGGCUCGGAUGCCGCAUCGCCGAGAAGGAAGGCAAGUGGCUCCGCUUCGACAAGGAGAACUGGCGGUUCGGGGUGAACCCGGAGUAUGAGGUGGAACCGGACUGGAGAUGCCGAUGCUGGCAACGCCGGGUGAGAGCGUCGAUUGUGGUGAGCUUCCCGAUGCGGCAGCUAAGGCUUAAGUGA